AUGAAGACCGCCCUCCUAGUCAUCGACAUGCAAAACUUCUUCCUCCCCAUGACCACCACCGCCCUCCCCAACAUCCUCAAGCUCUCCAACUUCUUCACCGCGCACUCCUGGCCCCAAUUCUUCACCCAGCACGGGCACCCGCCCGCCGACUUCGCGCCCCCCAUCCGCAACCAGCUCGUCCGCAAAUGGGGCGCCGACGGCAGCCUGCACACCAACACGCCCGACUGGGAGCUGAUCCCGCAGAUCGCGGAGCUCGUCAGGGCCGCCGGCGCCCCCGUCGUGCCGAAGAAUACGUACGACGCGUUCCUGGGCACGGGUCUGGAGGAGCGGUUGAAGGCCGAGAGCAUCGAGAGAGUGGUCGUUGUGGGCGUGAUGACGGAUUGCUGCUGCGAUACUACGGGCCGCGGGGCGUUUAAUAGGGGCUGGGAGACGUGGAUGGUUAGCGAUGGGACGGGGAGUGUGGGGGAGCAGCAUGAGAGGGGGCUGAAGGCUUGGGGGUUUGGGUAUGGGGAUGUGAUUACUACGGAGGAGGUCAUGGGGAGGCUGUCAUGA